GUGAUUCUUAUCUUCACAUCUUCACCAUCUUUCACUUGCAUUGCCAGCGCCAUAGUCCUGUAUUAGCCAUGCCUGCAACUCCUGCAUCCACUUCUGGCACUCUGAAUGCCGGAAGCCAUUACCGACCCCUGAAGCUGAGCCUUGGAACUAUUUCCUGCACAUUGGCAAUGGCUGGAUCGCGGGUCCGUGCAUGCAUCUCUCAAUAUCAGACGGAAGCUGCCAACAAUGGUCUAUCUUCUGACCGGAUAAAGUAUUUUAAAGCCGGGCUGCAAUGGGAGAUGAAUACUUUUGUCACACCACUCCUGCAGUACUCAGCUUCACAGAAUAUCGUGUCGGUUCUUCCGGUCCCUGUCGCUUAUAUCCUUAAGUUGUAUCCCAUGCUAACCUGGAACACGGUUCCGGACGACGUCUUUUCAUUCCACCUCCUUUCAUUUGAUGAUGAGGCAAUUGCAGGACAUCCGUCCCGGAUUGUGUUUGCAUAUACAUGUCCAUGGUGGAUGGGAAACACCACAAUCCCGGAUCAACCAUGGCAGUGGGAUGAAAUAAUGGCUUCCUGCGUCUCUCACUACCAGUAUUGGGCGCUUAAUGUUGAGGAUGAUGCUUUGGUUCUUCCAGAGAAGUUGAGAAACACUUCGACUCCACCACUUAUGGGACUGAGGUGGAUUAAAGAACGCAUGGAAGCAUUGAUGGAGGAGCAAGAUGAGGGCAUCAAAGCCAAGAUGGCAGAGGUGAAGAUGUACACUGACAUGUUAGAGAAAUUGAGGAAAGGCAAAGGAGUAUGUAAAAUAUUCUAUGCAUUCAAAAAUCUUGCACCCGAGUCCCGGAAGCCCAGGUCCCGAGUCCCGAAUUUCGGAGUUCGGGGUUCGGCGACCCGGAGCUCGGCAACUGUGUUGGGUGUCAGGGUAUCCGGAGCAUUGGAGAUAGCAUGUGUCAGUAUUUUGCGUUUCAUGGUUCAUGUUUGGCUGACACAUGCGAUCUCCAAUGCUCCGGAUACCCUGACACCCAACACAGUUGCCGAGCUCCGGGUCACCGAACCCCGAACUCCGAAAUUCGGGACUCGGGACUCGGGUUUCGGGACUCGGGACCUGGGUUUCGGGACUCGGGACUCGGAGCUCGUGACCUGGGACUCGACAGUAAUACUGACACAUGCUAUCUCCAAUGCUCCGGAUACCCUGACACCCAACACAGUUGCCGAGCUCCGGGUCACCGAGUCCCGAAGCCUGAGUCCCGAGUCCCGAAUUUCGGAGUUCGGGGUUCGGCGACCCGGAGCUCGGCAACUGUGUUGGGUGUCAGGUAUUUUGCAUUUCAUGGUUCAUGUUUGGCUGACACAUGCGAUCUCCAAUGUUCCGGAUACCCUGACACCCAACACAGUUGCCGAGCUCCGGGUUGCCGAACCCCGAACUCCGAAAUUCGGGACUCGGGACCUGGGUUUCGGGACUCGGGACUCGGAGCUCGUGACCUGGGACUCGACAUUGCCGAGCUCCGGGUCACCGAACCCCGAACUCCGAAAUUCGGGACUCGGGACUCAGGCUUCGGGACUCGGUGACCCGGAGCUCGGCAACUGUGUUGGGUGUCAGGGUAUCCGGAGCAUUGGAGAUAGCAUGUGUCAGUAUUCUGCGUUUCAUGGUUCAUCUUUCGUGAUUAUGGAAUCUUUCGUGAUUAUAGAAUCGGGCGUCAGGGACUCGGUAUUUAGAACACUGUCGAGUCCCAGGUCACGAGCUCCGAGUCCCGAGUCCCGAAACCCAGGUCCCGAGUCCCGAAUUUCGGAGUUCGGGGUUCGGCAACCCGGAGCUCGGCAACUGUGUUGGGUGUCAGGGUAUCCGGAACAUUGGAGAUAG